CAUUCAUUUCCUCCUGAGAAACACACGGCGGCGGAGGAGAGACAGAGAUAGAGAAGGGGGUCACAUCAGAAAGUGCGACAGAGGAAAACAAGACAGAAAAAAGGGAGGCAGAGGGAAGCUGUAAGGAUAGUGGUUCUCGCUGUCAAUUAUUGAGGUUAAUAAACAAGGGGCUGAUUCUUUUCUGGCACUGCUCUAGAAGAGGCUCAGGCUUUCCCACAAUGCUCGGGACAGCUGGGGAGGGCUAUCGCUGCCCCCAGAGUCUGCACAGCCUAAUGGGAAUGCGGGCAGAUCUCUUCCAGCUGUUAAACAGGCAAGACUUUCAAACACCUUGGAACAGUGCUAUCAGGAUGUUGAUGCUGGAUGGGAUGCCAGCCCUGCCAGUCAAAAUCGAUCCUGCAGAGUCACAGAGACGGUCUCCUGUGAUCCAUGACUACACAGAGAUGGGCGUGCUAGUGUUGAACCGCAGAUUUCGGAGACCAUCCGACGAUAGAUUCCUGUCCGAUCCCUUCCAGAUGCAAACAGAACCCGUGGACCUGUCCACCAACAGAGCCAGAACCUCCCCAUCACUUUCAGCUUUGUCAUCUUUAUCCUCAUCUCCCUCGUCGUCCUCAUCAUCAAUACGAUUUUGUCCACGGUCCCCUCCUUCCAGCAAGUCUGUGUCAUCCUCAUCGCCAUCAUCGUUAUCUAUGCCUUCCUCCUCCUCCACUUCUGUCAUAACCCCCGUUCCUCGUUUGAAGAUGUCUCCAGUGCUGGCCUCUCCCCCGGUCAGGAGUCUCAGGGGGCAGUCGUUCUUGCACAUACCCCAGCUGAUGCCUCCUUGCUCCAGCCCGGUCCACCUCCACCCACGCCGGGUGCCGGUGGUGGUGCAGCCCAUGCCGCUGGUGUACCGUGGAGUAGGAUCGCUGGGAAACAGCAGGCUCAUGAUGCCGCUGCUGGAGGAAAACAGGAUGCACAGGAAAGUCAUGCACCGAAUCGCAGAUGGACUGUCACCUCGGCGAUCUUUGAGUGAAAGCGAGGAUGAUGACCUGCCCAACGUGACCUUGGAGAGUGUGAAUGAAACAGGAUCCACCGCCCUGACUAUCGCCCGCGCUGUGCAAGAUUCCCUGUUGCCGUUCAGCAUCGAGAGCCUGCGGAGGCCCCGGCCUUCAGAGUCCCCAGACUCAAAGAGGAGGCGCAUUCACAGGUGUGAGUUUGAGGGCUGCAAUAAGGUUUACACCAAGAGCUCUCAUCUUAAAGCCCACAGACGCACACACACAGGUGAAAAGCCAUACAAGUGUACGUGGGAUAACUGCUCGUGGAAGUUCGCUCGCUCUGACGAGCUGACACGACAUUACCGCAAACACACCGGUGUCAAACCGUUCAAAUGCAGCGACUGCGACCGCAGCUUCUCCCGCUCGGACCACCUCGCCCUCCACCGCCGCAGACAUGCCCCACAAACAUGCAUAGUGUGAAAAAGACGUUUGGUGGACAAUAUAAGCAGACAGAGCUGGUCUCUAUCUGCCAGUGUCACAUGCAGAAGACCUGGAAGUACUCCUCGCACAACAAGGUGAAGGACAUGGGAUUUUUACAGGAACGAGAGCUGGAAGAGGAGGUCCAUGUAUUAUGCGAUUCACGUGCAUUUAUAUACAUUUCCCUCAUAUGGUUUAUCUUCUGCACUUUUAUGUGAGGUUUAUUCAGAAAGGUGGGAGCCUCGAUUUGGCACAGAGUCUUAGGUUAUAGCUACUAGCCUCACUAUUAAAAGCCUGUUAAAGGUGCUGAAUGCGAUUUUUAUACAUAAAUACAACAGAAUCUGUAAGCAACUAUUUUCCAUGAAAGAUAGAUAUAGUGUAGUAAUAGAAUCCUUUAAAAUUGUUGGAUCUCCCCGCAUUCAUAUAAUGAUAAUACAGAGCUUUCUGCUUCCACAUACCACGUUUCUGUAUUAGUAAAAUACUUACCUCAUCACUUGUCAUUGUUUACAAAAGCCAAAGGUGUCUCAGUUUCAUUAUAUAUCCGUUUUCUCUAUGCCGUUUCUCAUGGGGGGCGUGGCCGAACAGAGGGCGGGGGUGUGGCCGAAGCGACAUCUAGUUGUUGAAAAAUCGUGUUCAGCGCCUUUAAAUGUAGGCCUAUUUGAUUCUCCAAACCUUCAGGACUCCUUCAAGUUUACACUUGUAAUUCUUAUGGAAUGGCAGUUUUUCUUGUCACAAUAGUCCAAAAUAUUUAGAAUUCAUUUUGUAGCCUAAUAAUUUUUGUUUGUUUGUUUAAAAACCAUUGCAGCAUUGAGGAGCCUAAAUCUGUUCAGUACAAGCUUUGGUUAUGCAUUUAGCAAAUAAAAGUCACUUUGAAUAAAAAAACACACUUGAUUCAGAUUAAAAGACAUGCAUAUAUAUAUAUAUAUAUAUAUAUAUAUAUAUAUAUAUAUAUAUAUAUAUAUAUAUAUAUAUAUAUAUAUAUAUAUAUAUAUAUAUAUAUAUAUAUAUAUAUAUAUACUGAAUGUGAGGAGAUGGCCAUAACAUUGAUGUAGUGUUCUGUCCUCUCAGGAGUCUCGUAUGAGGGAAACAUUCUCUCACACCGUUUAAAAUUUUCCUUGCAUCAUUUGUGCACAAAACUAGUGUAGCAGAUGUCUGUAUAUUUUAUAGUCUUUACCAUGUGGUAUAUUAUUUUUGUUUGUUUGUAUUGUGUGUCAUAUAUUUGUUCUGUAUUCCAAGAUUUGCACCCUUUUGACCAUUAAUAUGUGAUGCCAAAAUUUAUAGUAUUUUACAGGGAGGCCAGUGACUAAAAAUCAUGAGUGUAAAUGAUCGUCAAAUAGGCAUUCCUUUUUAUAUUUUUAUUUUUUCUUUUCUACAAUGAUCUAUCUGUAAAUGAUGUUAUGGUAAACAUUUCAGUUUUAUAUGGAUUUAAAUGUGAAUUUAUACAUAAAUACAGUAUAUGUUAGAAAAAGGCAUGAAUAAAAGCACAGAUUUGUAUGUACAGAAAA